AUGGAGUUUGAAAAGGUGUCCAUGACAAAUAACCUCGGCCAUUCUGCAUCAUCCACAGACAUGUCUCUAUCUGAUGAUGGAAGAUACCUGCUGUCUGUGGGCGUGUAUAAGCCUUCUAUCAAGAUCUAUGAUCUGGCAAACUUGUCUCUGAAGGUGGAGCGGCAUCUGGAAUCUGAUCCUGUGAGGGUGAUACCGCUUGUGGAGGAUGCCUCAAAGGCCUGUAUUUUGAGAAAUGACAGGACCAUUGAGUUUCACGCAAAGUAUGGAUACCACGAGGGCAUAAAGGUGCCGACACCGUGCUUUGACAUCUGUCUUAACAGGUUUAGGGCCGAGAUUCUGAGCGGAGGGACGGGGCUGAGUGUUUACAGAUUCAACUUGGACCAGGGAAGAUUUCUGAGAAGCUAUGCUGUAACGAUUGGCGAGAUAUGGUCGAUUGGGAUGAAUGAGUGCAACGGACUGAUUGGAGUUGGAGGAGACAGCAAGAUGCAGUUUAUUGACCAAAGAUGCAAAGAAAUUGUCAAGUCUGUUGAGUACAACGAAUCGCCGUCUAGUAUAAGCUUCUCGGAUAAUGGAAUAGACCUCGGUGUUGGAACAAGAGAGGGAUCGGUUUACUUCCAUGACCUGAGAGCUAGAAAGGAGCUGUUCAGGGCCAGGCAUGACGGAGAGGUCAAGAGGGUUUUGUUCGAUGGAAAGACACUAGUCAGCAUGGAUAAGAGUGCACUGAGGUGCUGCAGUAAGACUGGAGUUGUUGGAGAAUACCUGAGUGAUGUCAAGAUGAAUUGCUUCGUAUGUGACGGGGGACUUGUCUUUUUAGGGCUAGAUAAUGGAGAGAUAGAGGAGAUAGUGUGUGAGGAUCUGGGAGAGAUCCCUCAGUGGUACCGAGUACUCAAGGAUUGA